AUGGUAGUAACUUGCAUAAGUGGUGGUGGUGCAGACGUAUCAAAGGAUCAUUGCAACAAAACUGUUGAUAUCUUCGAGGACGUAAGCUCACCCGAAGUAAGCAAUCAAAAUGUAGGAAGACCGCUCACAUGUUGGUAUCGUUUCCGCACACUAAAAGGUGCACCCAGAGACUUCGUAUUGCGCUUACGUUUUAAAAAAUUCAAAGUAGGCACACUCCUGAAUGCGACCCACUGCGAUGGCGGCUAUUUACAGAUUGUUGAUGGCAAUGCCAAAACGGAUGUCUCAAAUCGACGCGAGCCAGGCAUGUUUUGUGGUGAAGCAGAGCAACCACAAACCUUUAUUAGUGAGACAAGUUAUGUGAAAGUGGUUUUCCACACAGACAACUUUACAGAUCAGACAUAUUUCACAUUUGAUUCCCGAGCCGAACAACAAACGGAAGUUUAUUUGCGUUAUGGACAACAUCCGGAAUUGUAUCCAAAUCGGCGUGGUGAAGUAGUACAAGGAUCCUAUUGUGAACGGGAAUAUCGUGAUUGCCGUCUACAAACCUGCUAUGUUCAAUCACCCGCAUAUCCUGGCUUAUAUCCACGUGCAUUAAAUUGUCGUUAUAAAUUGCAUACGAGACAGCCAUAUAUCAAACUAUAUCUACAGAACGAACAGUUUGCGGUGGACGGACAGAGAUGUGAAAAUGUUAUGACAUGUCCCAUUAGGCCAAUAGGGUCAGGCAAUGAACAUUGUCCUUAUGAUUGGCUUGCAGUGUACGAUGGUCGUGAUGAGCAUUCGCCACUUAUUGGAAAAUUUUGUGGCCUUGGCAAAUUUCCAUUCAGCAUAAUUGGUACCUCACAGUAUAUGUAUGUCGAAUUUGUAACAUCACCGGCGGGUCCAUUGCUAAACACAGGAUUUCAUUUCAAUGUUGGCAACUGGCCAGGACAUGUCGAAACGGCAGGCAUAAAGCAUGGCAUUUGCGAUUGGCUGCUUAGUUCCGAUUCACUUAAGGACAGUAGCGCGAGUGAAGGCAUUUUCCUGAGUAUUGCCCACUGGUAUCCACCGAACACAUCAUGCAGUUAUCACAUUAAAGGACGAAUAGGCGAAAUAGUGCGUUUAUAUUUUCCAAGCUUCCGCAUUAAUCGCAUUGAAUCACCGAUACUGAAAUACGAUGGCGACUGUGGCGAAUCGUUGACAAUUUAUGAUUCUGAUCAUCCCGAUCCAGCGCGUAUAAUAAAAACAUUUUGUGACACCUUCUCACGCCCCAUGGAAAAAGUUGACUUUGUUUCAACAAGUCCUUCACUUUACGUACAAUUCGAAUCCAAGACGGGCUCUUACAGUGGCAGUUCACUUUAUUAUUGGGCGCACUAUGACUUCUUCAACAAUACACGUUUUGGCGAUCCUGUACCUAACACACUUUGCGAUGAAGUCAUGUAUGCUUGGAAGCAUCCUGGUGGUAAAAUACGCUCACCUAUGAAUUCAUUGAUAUUUAAACGUACUGGUGGCUCAGAUGUGCGUUGUCAAUAUAAAUUUGUUACCGAUCGUCGUCUAUACGCACGUGCCAUUAUUGAAGUCUCUUCGGUAUCAUUUAAAGAAUUGCCUUACAACAAUAACGCUUGUACACGCUGCCAUGAAGAACGUGUUGAUAAAUUGGUCAUAUGGGAAGAGCGUGAUAAAUUUCAAAAUAAUUUAGCUUGCUUCUGCGACAAUAUACCACGUACGGUACGUGUAAUAUCAUCCGCUGAACAAAUGAAUCUCGAAAUGAUCGUACAAGGCCAACAUGCAAUAACUUCUUACUUUAAAAAUCCCAAUCCACUUUUCGAGGCGUCGUAUGAAUUUGCGCAUGGACCGCUCUGUGGCCCUAUAACAUUAGGACCCGCACCAGAUGGUGAACUAGUAUUUCCAUUGAAAAAAGCUUUGGCCAUGGUAACUGGUCCAAUGGCGCCAGCUGAACAUCAUUACCGUCGCGAAAAGUGUAUUUGGGAAUUGAAAGUGGCAGCACAGCGCGAUAUUUGGUUACAUUUGGAGAAGGCACGUUUUGGUGAUCGUACAUGUGAGAGCGCUAAAAUUGAAGUCUAUUUAGCUGGACGCUUAGAACCACGUUUUAUUGUUUGUCCUGAAAAUAUAUCAUUAGCACGUGAUUUACCUAUACUCUCAGUAUCAGAUUUAGGUGCAUUAGAAGCUGAUUCAGAACCACUGCCAGUUUUAAUACAAUAUACGGGUGACGGUCAACCUGGUAAAAAUGCUUUCCGUUUAGUAUGGACCGAGCUGUUCCAUUUACCGCGAAAUCCCGACGGUAGUCUAGCCUCGUCACUGUUGCAAGAUGCUGGCUGUGAUUUUAGAUGUCCUGGCAACACAGACGUCUGUAUACCGCGGCAUUUACUUUGCAACGGCAUUGAGAAUUGUCCGAAUGUGACGCACUCAUCAACGAUGGCUCAACUAACGCGACACAUUGAGUGGAAUUUGGAACAGCUCGGCCUGCUGAAACAUGCGAAACACUAUAAAGAAAUGGUGUUGCAUGAUGAAUCGCCAGAAAUUUGUCUAAAACGGGAAUUAACAGAGCUGCCAUAUUUUAAAAUUUUACUUAUAACAAUUGGUUUAAGUUUAAUGAUGACUUUAUUUGUAGCGAUUCUCUGUCGCAUGUGUAGAGGGACAGAUUAUAAUAAGCGAAGCAGAUUCUAAAUAGAGUGUGAGGGAGUUAUUUUUGUAGUUGGGGAAAAAUAUCUCGUUGCAAAUUGUGUUGAAAAAAAAAAAUUGUGAAAAAAAUUUAAUUAAAUGGUAGAUUCAUAAGCUGUACGAAGGUUUAAUGUAUAACAAAAACCAA